AUGGCUUAUAGUCGACAGAAAAGUUAUGUUGACAAACGAAGAAAACCAUUACAAUUUGAGGUGGGCGACCAUGUUUUCUUAAAGGUUACACCAAUGACAGGCAUUGGGAGAUCAAUUCAAGCUAAGAAUUUAACUCCAUAUUUUGUUGGUCCCUUUGAAAUCCAAGAGCAGAUUGGGACACUUACUUACCAGAUUACAUUGCCACCUCAUCUCGUGGGCAUACACGACUUGUUUCAUGUCUCCCAGUUAAAGAAGUAUCAGCUUGACCCGUCUCACAUAAUUGAACCUGAAGAUGUUGAGUUUUGGGAGAACUUGACUUAUCGAACCGAGCCUAAGAGAAUAGACGAUGUAAAAGAGAAGCAGUUUAGGAAUAAGAUCACUUAG